UAAGUAAUGUCUGAAUCAUAUCUCUGGAAGUUCCAUCUAUACAUGUAUAUAAUUUUGAGUUUGACUUGACAUUAUUCCUCUUAUAAAGCUAUAAAUAAGCAUGCAGUAGCUUCCAUAACUUCAAAGGCAGAUAGAUACUCUCUUUUUCUCUCCAGAAUGAGUAAGCGUAUCAGCGACGAUGAUGAUGAUGUGGGAAAGGAGAAGGAGGCAGCAGCAGACAAGAUCAGCAGCGGCCCUUCAUCGAACCGGGUACUGCCUUAUGUUGCUCACAAAGUUGGAGUGCCUCCCAAGCAAAGUAUCUUAAAGGAAUUCACUGCCGCCGUGAAGGAGACUUUUUUUGCUGAUCAGCCGUUGCGAUCUUUCAAAGACCAAUCCAACACUAGGAAGUUUGUGCUCGGCAUCGAAGCCCUUUUUCCAAUUAUCAGAUGGUCUAGGGACUACAAUCUUACUAAACUUAGAGGUGACGUGAUUGCUGGACUUACUAUAGCAAGUCUUUGUAUUCCUCAGGAUAUUGGAUAUGCAAAGCUUGCUGGUCUGCCUGCGCAAAAUGGAUUAUACUCUAGUUUUGUACCACCUCUUAUUUAUGCGUUCAUGGGCAGCUCAAGGGAUAUUGCGAUUGGGCCGGUGGCUGUGGUGUCUCUGCUGCUUGGGACUAUGCUUCAGGACGAGGUUAACUCUAAAGAAGAUAACGGAUAUGAAUAUCGACGCCUUGCUUUCACUGCUACCUUCUUUGCAGGAGUUACACAGUUCACUUUAGGGUUUUUUAGAUUGGGUUUCUUGAUUGAUUUCCUCUCUCACGCUGCCAUUAUUGGGUUUAUGGGUGGAGCUGCCAUUACAAUUGCCCUUCAACAACUUAAAGGAUUGCUUGGCAUCAAAGUAUUUACCAAGAAGAGUGACAUCGUUUCAGUCCUGCGUUCAGUCUUUUCCGCAGCACAUCAUGGGUGGAACUGGGAGACUAUACUAAUAGGAGUCUCAUUCUUAACCUUUCUUAUCAUCGCCAAGUACAUCGGAAAAGUAAGGAACAAGAAAUACUUUUGGGUGCCUGCAAUUGCACCUUUGAUCUCUGUCAUAGUUUCCACUUUUUUUGUGUUUAUUACCCGUGCAGAUAAGAAAGGUGUUGCAAUUGUGAAUCAUAUAAGAAAGGGUGUCAACCCACCUUCUGCUAAUGAAAUUUACUUCUCUGGAGAUCUUCUUGCUAAAGGCUUUAAGAUUGGAGUUGUGGCUGGCAUGAUAGCAUUGACAGAAGCUAUAGCAAUUGGAAGAACAUUUGCUGGUAUGAAGGACUAUCAGAUUGAUGGAAACAAAGAAAUGGUAGCAAUGGGAACAAUGAACAUUGUUGGCUCAAUGACAUCAUGCUACAUUGCUACCGGCUCCUUCUCUCGCUCUGCCGUAAACUACAUGUCCGGCUGCCACACUGCCGUCUCCAACAUUGUCAUGUCCUUCGUUGUCUUCCUCACCUUGGUAUUCAUCACGCCGCUGUUUAAGUACACUCCCAACGCCAUUCUUGCCUCCAUUAUUAUCUCCGCCGUCUUGGGAUUGAUCGACAUUGACGCAAUGAAAUUGAUAUGGAAGAUUGACAAACUGGAUUUUGUUGCAUGCAUGGGAGCAUUCUUUGGUGUCGUCUUCAUCUCCGUCGAGAUUGGUCUUUUAAUUGCAGUCUCCAUCUCCUUUGCUAAAAUUCUCUUACAAGUAACGAGGCCACGAACUGCUUUGCUGGGGAGGAUCCCUAGAACAAAGGUUUACAGAAACGUCCAGCAAUAUCCAGAAGCUAUUCAGAUUCCUGGUGUUCUCAUUGUUAGGGUUGACUCCGCAAUUUACUUCUCCAACUCCAACUAUGUCAAGGAGAGAAUUUUGAGAUGGGUGACGGAUGAAGAAGCACAACUAAAGCAAAAGUGUCUACCCAAGAUCAACUACUUGGUUGUGGAAAUGUCACCUGUUAUUGAUAUUGAUACUAGCGGGAUCCAUGCAUUGGAAGAACUAUAUAGGAGUCUUCAGAAGAGAGACAUUCAGAUCUCUCUCGCUCUCUCUCACACACACACCUCAAUCUUAAUCUCCGAUCAGUGUGCUGGCUUAGUGACCGUCGUCGUCGACCUCAAGGAUCCUUCAAGCGAGAAGCUGCAUGCGCCGUCGAAAUAGGAAGUGAACUUGUCUUUGCUGCGGUCGAGCUCUUAGCCGGUGAGGCUCUUGGAUGACGUCGUAGGCCGACCGGGAAUCGUUAUGGCCGGUGGCUCUGCGCUGGAUUUUCCAGCUCCAGCGCCGACAUCCUCCGGUUUCGUAUUCGGAUUCUCCUAGCCCUCCACCACCUCAACCAGGUUUGAAGUCGGAUCCUCGCCUUUGGAGUUAGCGUAGGCCUUCAAGACCUCCCGUUUGUUUUGUAUACCGGUGGUUUGAAAACAAAUUCAUGCCCUUGUCGUCAAGGUCGAGCAGAUAUGUGAUGUCUUUGUUGGGUGCAGUGUCUUUGAUAUGUACUGAAAACAUGGUCUCGAAGAUGAUGCCCAGAAACUGUUUGAUAAAAUUCCUGAGAUAAAACUUGCCACUUGGAAUGCCUACAUGUUGAAUGCAGUGCGGGAGGGGAGGCCGAAUUCGAUUACCUUCUGUGCAUUUCUCAAUUCCUAUUCGGAUACGUCGGCUUUGGAACUUGGGAGACAGUUGCAUGGGUUUGUAAUGCAAUGUGGGUUUGGGAAAGAUGUGUGAUGUGUCGGUGCUCAAUGGGCUUGUGGAUUUUUACGAGAAAUGUUGGACUUAGACCAAUCCAUUUUUCUCAUUCUUAUUUCUAGGGGCCAAUAAUCAUAUUAUUUAGGGGGCAAUAAUCAUAUUAUUAGGGGCUACUAGGGGGCAGUAAUAAUAUUAUUGGGGAACAAUAAUAUUCUCCCGUGACCUAUGAGAUCUCUGACGAGUUUUUUGAGAACUUCCGGCGACUUAUAACCGGAUUCCGGCGACUGGUGACGGGACUCCGGUCAAAUCUCUGUUGACUUCUCUCUAAGUGACAAUGGGAGGGAGGGCAAAAUGGUCUCAAUAAUAUACACAAAAUAAUAAAAAAUAUUUAAUUGGGUAUUAGGGCAAAAAAUAUGUAGUUUGUUGGGUAAGUGGGAAAUUUUAUAAGAUGUUUGGGUAAGUUGGGUCAUUAUUUUGGGUAAAUGAACAUUUUUCCCUUACUCUUCU